AUGGCGGCCGCUGCGAGAGCCCUCAACUUCAUGUACCGCAUGGCGGUCCCCGCUUCAGCUGUCGUCUUCCUAGGCAGUCAGUCCAUAUACGACGUCAAGGGAGGAACUCGGGCUGUCAUCUUUGACAGAUUGUCUGGUGUUAAGGAGACCGUCGUCAAUGAAGGAACCCAUUUCCUCGUUCCCUGGCUGCAGAAGAGCAUCAUCUUCGAUGUCCGUACCAAGCCCAGGAAUAUCGCAACAACCACAGGCAGCAAGGAUUUGCAGAUGGUUAGCUUGACACUGAGAGUGCUGCACCGACCAAAUGUCAAGGCUCUCCCCAAGAUUUACCAGAACCUCGGUGCCGAUUACGAUGAGCGAGUCCUCCCCUCUAUUGGAAAUGAAGUCUUGAAGGCCAUCGUCGCCCAAUUCGAUGCCGCUGAGCUCAUCACCCAGCGAGAGGCUGUCUCUGACCGAAUCCGAAACGACCUUACUCUUCGUGCUGCCGAGUUCAAUAUCGCUCUCGAGGAUGUUUCCAUCACCCACAUGACCUUUGGCCGUGAGUUCACAAAGGCUGUCGAGCAGAAGCAGAUCGCUCAGCAAGAUGCUGAGAGAGCCCGAUUCAUUGUCGAGCGUGCUGAGCAGGAGCGUCAAGCCAACGUCAUCCGCGCCGAGGGUGAGUCCGAGUCCGCCGAGGCCAUUAGCAAGGCCAUCCAGAAGGCUGGUGACGGCCUCAUUCAGAUUCGAAAGAUCGAGGCCAGUCGCGAGAUUGCUGCUACUCUUUCUUCAAACCCCAACGUCGUCUACCUACCCGGUGGAAGCGGAAAGCAGGGUGGCCAGUACCUGUUGUCAGUGGGCAGGGCUUAA